AGGGUUCGAUCGAGAGGGCUGAAAGGAGACCAUGAUGCCGGGGCGUGCGCUCCCACCGGUCCCUUGUGGCGAGGUAGACCUCCUUCUACCAACUGGAAUGAUGGUAACGCUGAGCGCAACAUUUUCGACGACUUUGCGACAGCUGAAGGAUCGACUCUACCAAGAAGCCAAACAGCACCCUCUGUUCUCCAUGCUCAAAGAUCAAGGCUUCUAUAACUUUUUGGGCAUUACACGGGAUGGAGAGAAGGAGGAAUUUGUUAAUGAAGAAAUGUGUCUGGAAGAUCUCAACCUAUAUGCCCCAGUGCUAAAGCUUGUGGAACGGGAAGGAAAUCAAGAGGAGAAACAACUUAAUUCUGAGCUAUCAAAUCUCAUUGGGCGAAGAACGUGUAUGCAUGACUUUGAUACCAUGGGCACAGAGGCACAAGACUUCCGCAGAGGUGCCCUGGCUGUAUGUGAGCAAGCAGUCAUGCAGCGUACCCAAAGCGAGAGUACAGCCAUGCGCUAUUACUAUCCACCCAACCUGCUGGACUACCAGCCACGUGUGGACCAUAUGGACAGUGAGAUAUCUGUAUCUGUAGACUACUUGUCUUCAGAUGGGACUCGUUAUGGCACCACCAUACUGGUGGACCUGGUCAAUGACCCUCGCUCUGUGCUAGAACUGGCUCUGAACAGCCGCGAAUUCAAGCCAGUUGCAUCGCGUCUUGACGCCAACUCAUUUGUCCUGAAAGUGGUCGGGAAGGAAGAGUAUUUCCUGAAGGAAGUCCCCAUCAUUCAAUACAAGUACAUUGCUGCCUGUCUGGCAAAGAAGGUCCAGCCGAAGUUUUCCCUGAAGCUCUACGAUGACCUGCGACCCAAAGAGAAGGAGGCCUUCUCUCGACCAGUUUAUGCUGGCCAGCAGCAGGAAACCCCAGCCCUAUACGGAACGCGGACCAGAGCCACAUCCAACAAAGACCCCUCCCACUUUCUGUCCAUCAUGGAAGUACAGGACACCUACAAGAUCAAAAUUCUCUCUGCUAAGAAUGCUAACACUCCAGAAAAUCUGAAGGUGUAUGUGAAGGCUGGUAUCUACCAUGGCAGAGAAUCCCUCUGCUCUGCUGUCACAACGAGCAAGGGUGCUGCCUCCGAAAACACAGAGUGGAAUGAAAAUCUUGAAUUUGAUAUCUCCAUUCGUGACAUUCCUAGAGGAGCCAAGCUCUGUUUCGUUGUUUUAGCUGCUCCUGAGAGGGGGAAGAGCAAGCGCAAGAAAGCGGUAGUCCCACUGGCGUGGGUGAACAUGAUGGUCUACGAUUAUGAGGGCAGACUGCAGACCGGCCGACAGGAGCUGUACGCCUGGCCGUGUGGCUCUGAGCUGGAGGAAGAAGUCAACUUCAUGGGCUCCAAUGUCCUCAACCUCAGCACCUCUGAAGACGUGUCUGUGGAGAUUGAAGUAAUAGAGCCCUGCGUAGGCGUGGCUGGGAAGCCAAUCACGUACCCAACUGAGGCACAGAUCAACAAGUUUGCUCUGGAGAUGUCUCAAGUCUCCAUUCCUGCAAGCAAGUUCAAGAAUGAUAUGAAGGAGGUGAGAGCCCUGCAGAAGGUGAUAGAGGGAGACCCUCUAACUCAGCUGGACGAGCAAGACAAAGAGCUAAUCUGGAGAGCCAGGAAUGUGUGUCUGCAGGAGUUUCCUCAGUCUCUGCCAAAACUCCUGCAGAGUGUUUGUUGGAACAACCGCAGUGAAGUGGCUCAAGUCUAUUUCUUGCUGCAAAAGUGGCGUCCGCUGAGUCCUGAGUCUGCAUUGGAGCUGCUGGAUCACCAGUAUGGAGACAUCCAGGUGCGGGACCGAGCAGUAGAGUGGCUGGAGUGUCUUGGAGACAACAAGCUCAUCAUGUACCUGCUGCAGUUGGUGCAGGCUCUCAAGUUCGAGCCCUACUUGGACUGUGCCCUCGGCCAGUUCCUGCUGCGCCGGGCCUUGCAAAACAAGGUCAUUGGUCACUUCCUCUUCUGGCACUUACGAUCCGAGAUGCACUUGCCUCAUGUUUGGGUGAGGUACGGGCUGAUGCUAGAGGCCUAUUGUCGAGGCUGUGGCAACUACCGCUUUGAGCUGACUGCUCAAGUCAAUGCCCUCAAUAAAAUGACCCAGGUAACUAACAAAUUUCAGACACAGAAAAAGAAGAGCGAUGAGUUGCUGCGUGUUCUAAGGGAAAAAGAUUUCAAGUCUGUGAUGGAGAAUGUAAGCUCUCCCCUGGACCCAACCCUCCGCUUCAGAUUUCUCAAUGACGACAAAUGUAAAGUGAUGGACAGCAAGAUGCGUCCCCUCUGGCUGGUGUUCCACAACCAGGACAUGCUGGGGGAGAGCAUAUUUCACAUCUUCAAAAAUGGGGAUGACUUGCGGCAGGAUAUGCUGACUUUGCAGAUCAUAGGAAUCAUGGACAGCCAGUGGAAGGCAGAUGGACUUGACCUCAGGCAUGUCCCUUGUCUGCAUGUGUUCUCUGACUGCCACCUUCUCUCCUUGCUCAGGAUGACCCCCUAUGGCUGUCUGUCUACGGGAGACCAGGUGGGGCUGAUUGAGGUCAUCCUCAACUCCUCCACCAUCGCCAAGAUCCAGAAGAAGAGCAGAGGAGCCCGCGGAGCAUUUGACAAGACCCUCCUCCUCAAAUGGCUGCGGGAGCAGAACCCCAACUCUGCCCACCUGAAGAAGGCCAUUGAGAACUUCACCCUCUCGUGUGCAGGCUACUGUGUCGCUACCUAUGUUCUGGGUAUAGGAGACAGACACUCAGACAACAUCAUGAUCUGCAGGAAUGGACAGCUGGCCCACAUUGACUUUGGCCACUUCCUGGGCAAUUUCAAGAGCAAGUUCGGAGUGAAGAGAGAGAGAGUUCCGUUUGUGUUGACUGACGAUUUCAUCUACAUCAUCACCAAUGGAGGUGACCGCACCUCGAGAGAGUUCUCAAGGUUUAAAGAGAUAUGUGAAGAUGCAUUCAUGAAGCUCCGUAACCAUGGGAGUCUUUUCAUCAACCUCUUUUCACUGAUGCUAAGUUGUGAGAUCCCAGAACUGACCACACCUAACGAUAUCAACUACAUCCGUGAUGCACUGUGUCUGAGCAUGUCUGAAGAAAUGGCUCUUGAGAACUUCAGGAAGAGGAUGAAGGAAGCCAUUGGCAACGCCUGGUCUGUGUCGGUGAACUGGUACUUUCACAACGUCAAACGUGCUGGAAACUGA